CGUCAUGUAGCUGGAAUAUUGCUGAGUGCGGCGUUAAACAACAAACAAACAAACAUAAUACCCUGUCAGUUGUCAAGCAACAGUCUGUUUUAUAUAAUGGGGAUAUUUGAUUUUAUUUUUUUGGUGGCAAUACAAAUAACUGACGCUCAACAUUUAAAAUGACGCUCCGAUGACCGAGAAACAUUUACCUGUUUUUGGCCUGCUUUAUUAAUAGUUAUGUCCCACAUAUUCACCGGCUUCUCGCAUUCAUUUGAGCAUUUACGUUUAUGUAGGGAAGUAGCUAAAGCAUACGCUGGGAACGACAACGAAGGGUGACACCGCUCGUGAUUCAUUUGUGUCGUAUUCAAGCAAACGGGAUUGUUUCUAUGCGUUCCAUUGUUGGAGAAACUGGUGAAAAAGCACACGUUUAAAAGACGGCCUUAACUGAUAUUAUCAGGGAAUCCCAGCGUUCACACAUGACGAUAUGGGAUUACGAGGAGGAGGUCUGAAGAAAUUAAUUGAAGUGAAAUAAGGCCAACUCAUUCGCGACUCCUGAAACGGUACUUACAUGAGGAGCAGGUGUGUCCUGUACAAGCCGUGGAGCUAAGUAUAACAUCCUUUCAAGAAGCAUAAGUCAGAGCCAAAGAAGAAUCUUUAAACAUCACCACUAUCGACAUAACAUUUUUUCAAGGAUCGUUUGGCUGCAUAAAGUUUACAGUGCUGCAAUCAUAACCAUAUUUGAGAAGAAAAGACAGGUCGAUGUUCUAAGAUGGGCCAAUGCAUGUGUGCAAAGAAAAGAAACAUUUUAAAGUUUUUUAUAGUUUUUGUCUAUUUCCAAAUGCUCAUUCUGUUUAUAUUGUUUCUAAGGGGAACACACAGAAAAAGAUUGCUACAGAAUGCCAUCUUCACCAGAAAUGUUACAAACGUAGCAAUUACAUAUUCAAGCAACGCAACAGAACAUCCCUUACGGACUCAAAAGCUUCCUAAUAGUGUAUAUCCGCAACGAGAGUUAAAUGCGUCCUGCGUCCUCAGAGAUAACAACAGAUGGCUUCCAUUUAGAUCUGGAGAAUUGAGACGUCUUGAACAGUGGUAUUCUUCAAUAGAUCGUUUCUUUUCCAUCAACAACACUCAGCCUCUGAAUCUACCUGAAGAUGAUGGACCUAAUUUGUAUAAAGAGUAUGAUCUAAAGAAGCCAUGGAACUUUACUCUUUCCGAUCAGCAUUACGAGGAAUUCACAAUUUUAAAUGGAACAAAGGGAUGUUUUAUUCGAGGUACAGCAAUUUCAAGAAAACGGGGUACAACUGUUACGUGUGUGUGCGCUUCUGGUUAUGUUGGGCAGCACUGCUCGGUGCCAAUACUAAUCCAGAAGUCCCUGCCAUCAUUUCAUGGUAAACCACGAGAUAAGCCACGACGGCUAAUUCUAGCCACAAAAUUUAAUAUGGAGCACCAUGUACUGAUGCUGAAGAUGUUACAGGUGCACUCAGCCGUGGAUCUGUUUGUGAUUCUGGAAUCCAACUACACUGGACAUGGAGAUACACGACCAUUACGGUUACUACACAAUUUGAGGAGAGGCUACAUGAAGCGAUUCCACUACAAGAUAAUGCACGUCUUCGUUAACUCUUUUCCAGCUCAAGGACAAUUAAAAGGAGACGUGGCAGAGAAACACAUCAACCAAUAUAUUGUUUCAGCCAUAGAGACAAGAGUUUCAGGACUCAGAAAUGAUGAUCUGUUCAUCUACAUGGACACUGAUGAAACUCCGGAUGUGAAACUAUUGCAAUUUCUAAAGCUUCACAAUGGUUACCCUUUCCCGGUUGGCUUUGUGCUUCAGGGUUUUAUGUAUGGCUUCUAUUGGGAACGUGCGCUUACCAAGGUUAUAAGCGUCUGCAGCAUACAUAUGUUUAGAGACUUUUACAAGGGGAAUGUGUAUGCACUCCGAGCUGGUAAAAUGGCCAAAGGAAGUUCAACAUUUGGUGCGUUACGAACAUGGCUCAUCGGUUCACCUGACAGCUAUGCUGGGUGGCAUGCAUCAUGGUUCUCCUCUCCAAGGGAGGUUAUCACGAAGCUGACUUCUGCUAUUAAUGCUGACUUCCCCCGAUGGGGGGACUACCCAGAGAAAUGCACGUUUGACUACGUUGCUACUCUGUUUAGAAAAGGGGAAUACUUUGAUGGAAAGACAAAGUUUCAUCCAAUUUGUUUGAACGACAUUUAUGUAUUGAAAGACCUUCCUUACCUGUCCAAGUAUAAAGGAUACUUUAAUUUUAUGUUACAUAACCCAACAGCUGUGAAAUAUGGAUUCUAAGGUUCAAACAGUUAGGAAUAGAGGGAGGAAGCAAUCUUCGCUGAUCGCGAAUUCAAAGUCAUCUCUAUAGGUAACGGACGGUGGUGGCUUGGUGCUUGAAGCUUUCGCCCGUGUUUGAUUCCUAAUAUGGGUACAAUGUGUGAUGCCCAUUUCUGGUGUCACCCGCCGUGAUAUGGUUGGACUUUAGCUGACAGCGAUUUAAAACCAUACUCACUCACUCUAUAGGUUACACAUAUGUCUUUACAGUACAAAUGGCAUUACCUAGGUUUAAACUGGUAAUUACACAUAUCUAAGACCAGAGCAUUUUACGUUCGUUUACUGUUACAUGGUAUAUGCGGGAAUUCAAUGCUCACCCUGGCUGACAUAAAUAAAUUCUUAUUAUGUGG